UGAACCGAAUCUUAAAAAAUGUGUAGCAUAUAGCGAAGCAACUGCUCAUCGAAGAAGUUUGGACAGUAGUCAGUUAAAAUGUCUACCAUUACUGCCUCUCUCUGUUUUCUUUCUGGAAACAAAAACCCAAUCAAAACCCUAAACUUAUCUCCUUCAAAUUCAAAAUCAAAUUCAGUUCGGAGUUGGAGUAGUCCCGUCAUCAAGACCUCUUACUCCAACUCCUAUCGCCUCUCCUUCAACUGCAAAAGUGCCUCCACUAUCCCCUUCGUCUCCUCCAAAAACUACGAGUUUUCUGAUGGUUCUUCUGAGGUGGAACUGAGAUUACAACUCGGGGCCCAGGACAUUCAAAGUUACAGAGAUAUAUCUGUGGAUGCAAAUGACAACUCUUUGAAAAUUGGAAUACAGCGCUAUGGGUCUCUCAUCACACUUAUAGAAACUGAUCAUCUAUUUGAAAAAAUAAAGCCCGCUGAAACAAUAUGGUACAUAGAUGACGAUCAACUGGUUGUGAACUUGAAGAAGCAAGAUCCAGAUUUGAAAUGGCCUGACAUUGUGGAGUCCUGGGACUCCCUGACAGUGGGAUCUCUGCAACUUUUGCAAGGAACAGCAAUCUUCAUUGUUGGGGAUUCAACUGAAAUUAACGAGACAGUGGCUCGAGAAAUUGCAGUUGGUAUUGGGUACACACCACUUACCACAAAAGAGUUGCUUGAAACAUAUGCGAAGCAAACUAUUGAUUCAUGGGUGCUUACUGAAGGCUCUGACUCUGUAGCAGAAGCAGAAGGUGCUAUAUUAGAAAGUUUAAGUAGUCAUGUACGGGCUGUUGUUGCAACGCUAGGAGGGCAGCAGGGAGCUGCUAGAAGGGCUGAUAAAUGGCAGCAUCUCUACGCAGGAUUUACUGUAUGGCUGUCCCAAACUGAAGCUACAGAUGAAGAUUCAGCAAAGGAGGAGGCAAGGAGGCAUAUUCAAGAUGCUAGAUUAGCUUACUCAAAAGCGGAUGUGGUUGUCAAGCUUCAGGGUUGGGACUCUGAUCAGACCAAAAGUGUGGCUCAGGCAUCUUUGAGGGCCAUUAAACAGUUAGUUCUGUCAGACAAAAACCUUCCAGGUAAGAAAAGGCUUUAUGUAAGGCUGGGAUGUCGGGGUGAUUGGCCAAACAUCAAGCCUCCUGGUUGGGCCCCAUCAGCUGGUGAUGAUGCAACGUUGACCUAGUGCAGUAUGAGUUUAAAAACUCUGUGCAAGUGAUAAGAAGAAAUGAAGUUGAAACUUGUUCCAUUAAGGUGGAAUAAUUCUUUCCAAAGGAACUUGUGAGUGUGAAAAUGAGUGAAGCUUUUCUCUCCGUACUACUAUGGUACCCUCUCCACUUUUCCCUCUAACCUGAGCUAGUCUCUCCUUUUCCCCUACCCUGUCCUCUACCCCUCCUUCUCCUACCACAUUUCACUACUUAUUUCCCUCAGUCUUUUCUAUUACCCUCUCACCAACCAAGGAAAAUAUACAAACAAAUCUUUGCAAGCCUACCCAAACAUCUCUACCUUCAAUGGAGGUGUCCGAACUCAUUACUCGUAUGGAAAAGUGUUCAUGCCAACCUCAUUCUAGUAGCAAAACUCAUCACAAAUAAACCCAUCAGUUUGAACUUCGUCAAAGAUGUUACCAACAAAGCAUCGAAGCCAAUCUUCCCAAUGGAGGUCAAAAGACUGAGCAAAAAUGUGUUCAUGUUCAUGUUCCAGCACGAAGUUGAUCUUCGUAAGGUCUUUGUCAAGAGGCCAUGGUCCAUCAAAGGUGGACACCUAGUACUAAAGAAAUGGAGCCUAGAUCUAACAUGGCAAGAGGUGGACUUCACGACAACAUCAAUUUGGAUACAAAUCCAUGGGCUACCACCUCUCUAGAAAACGGAAGAGAAUCUAAGGAAAAUAGGCUCUAAAAUUGGUGUAGUCACUGAAGUGGAUCUUAUUGGUGACAAGGGCGGUGCAUGGAGAAGAUUCAUUAGAGUUAGAGUUGAGGUGGACAUUGAGUCCCCAUUGAUACCAAGUGUAUUCCUCCCCAGACCAAAUAAAAUGGACUUGUGGAUUGGAGUAAAGUAAAGUAUGAAAAAGUGGCAGACAUUUGCUAUCAAUGUGGUAUAAUCGGGCAUGAGCAAAAAAAACUGCAAAUCAGAGCUCUAUCAGCUCAGUAAUCCAACUGGUAAACGUUUCAAGGCGGCGAGACCGUGGUUAAGGGCUAAUAAUGAUGUUCAGCCAGAGGGAAUAUUCGAGGUUGCGAACGAAAGUACCGCUGCUUCCAGUGGCAACAGCAAGCCACGGCAAGAACCUCUGAUGGAGCAAUACCGUGGUCCCCAUGUAACGGACAACACGUGUCCAACCAACAAAAAUCCGGUAACCGUAGGAUGCCACGACACUCCUAAAUUUGUGGGAAAGGACGAGACAAGGAAUGUCAUCAAUACGGAUGAGUGGAAAGGCAUGCAGGUGGUACCAAAUAAAUGCUAGUUGUCCUCUUCAAAGCCAGACCACAAUGCUAGCACAUCCCUUCGUGAACUUAUCCUAUUAACACCGGUUAAGAUUGGAUUGGACCCAAGCCAUCGUAAUGCUGAGAUAUGUGCAGGUCAGUCAAGUCAUCACACAAGCACGUUAGUAUCGAGCCCACCAAAGUGUUGCACGAGCCGAAAGCAAAUAAUUCAAAAGCCCACAUUUCAUUGUUACAAAAUAAGCCCAAACUCGCAAAGUUACACUAAAAACCCAACCUUCCCCAUUCCUAACGACCUAGAUUCACAAUCCACCAUAAUCCCAGCUACCAUCUCGGCGACUCAUACCCAACCCCCUCAAUCUCAAAUUUCCUCUAUAGCACAAAUCAACACUCUGAAAAGGAAGAUUAACUGGCUAGAUCUUGAACACUUCUCUAAGAAACUAAGGAAUGUAGCCCUUGGUCUAGAACCAGUGUAUAUUGAUCCAGCCUCGGUCACUCUCAUCCGAUGGUCAAGGCUGGAAAAUUUCAUCUUUGAAGAAAGUAAGAAAGCUUCAAACCAUGGUAAGCCCAUCUCUACUCAUGUCCAAAUAGGAGAUGCGCCUUCAUUUUCCCCAAACCAGUACCUCACUCAGCCCCGGUGUAUCAUCCUCAAACUUGAUCUAAACUUCCAUUGGGCACAAUCAAGAUCAACUUUGAUGCGGCUAUCUCCAAUUCAAAAGUUGCCUUAGCUAUCAUGGCUAGAGAUUAUCGAGGUGCUGUUAUUAAGGUCUGGGCUAAAGUUAUAUCAAAAUGGUCUUCUCUCCAAGCCGAAGCUGAAGCAUUACUUUGGGCAGUUUAGCUAGCUAGCCGAGAAAGAUGGUAUUCUGUCACUUUUGAAGGCAACUAUAAGGUAUGCUUAGACGAGGUCCUAAAACGUAAAGGCAGUCCAGAUUGGGUUAUUGAGAGUUUCAUUUCUGAUAUUCUUUUCGUUGCUAAGUCCUUUCCUGCAUUUUUUUUUUGCUUGGGUCAAUAGGUCUUGCAACAAUGCUGCCCAUGUAACUGCAAAGUUUGCACUUGAGUCUAAUAUUUCUUGUUUUUUCUUUUCGGACAAUCUUCCUCCUAGUAUACUAAUCGCUUGUAAGGAAGAUACCCUUCUUUGUU